AUGACUCCUUCCCUGCUUGAUGAGGUGACUCCUCCCCUGCUUGAUGAGAUGACUCCUCCCCUGCUUGAUGAGAUGACACCUCCUCUGCUUAAUGAGGUCACUCCUCCCCGGCUUGAUGAGGCGACACCUCCCCUGCUGGAUGAGGCGACUCCACCCCUGCUUGAUGAGAUAACUCCUACCCUGCUUGAUGAGGUGACUCCUCUUCUGCUUGAUCAGGUGAUGCCUCCCCUGCUUGAUGAGGUGGAUGAGGUGACUCCUCCCCGGCUUGAUAAGGCAACGCCUCCCCUGCUUGAUGAGGUGACUCCACCCCUGCUGGAUGAGGUGACUCCUCCCCUGCUUGAGGUGAUGCCUCCCCCGCUUGAUGAGGUGACUCCUCGCCUGCUUAAUGAGAUGACUCCUCCUCUCCUUGAUGAGGUGACGCCUCCCCUGCUUGAGGUGAUGCCUCCCCUGCUUGACGAGGUGACUCCUCCCCGACUUGACGAGGGGACUCCUCCCCAGCUUGAGGUGAUGCCUCCCCCGCUUGAUGAGGUGACUCCACCCCUGCUGGAUGAGGUGACUCCUCCCCUGCUUGAGGUGAUGCCUCCCCUGCUUGAUGAGGUGACUCCUCCCCUGCUUGAUGAGGCGACUCCUCCCCUGCUUGAUGAGGUGACUCCUCCCCUGCUCGAUGAGGCAAUGGCGGUGGACUGGGAUCCAUAG